AUGCGACGACCAAAAGCAACGAUGGUGUCCGGUGUGAUACUGUUAACCCUGCUGCUGGCCGGUGAUGGAUGGGCCGUACACCGUGGCCAGUAUCUACGCAGCUUCCCGGUGCACCCCGAGAACGAUCCCUGCUACGACGAGGAUCGUCCCCGGCGCUGUACGCCGGACUUUGUGAACGCAGCGUUCGGUGUGCCGAUCGAAGCAUCCUCUACCUGUGGCCAGGGUAAACCGGCUCGGUUCUGCGAUAUGAAGGAAGCGUCCGACGGUACGCACGCCGGCGGCCGGUCCGGGAUGGUCGAAUCGACGUGCGAAAUCUGUGACGAGGCAGACGCAACCAAGCGCUAUUCUGCGCUUGCCCUUACCGAUGUGCACAAUUCGAACAAUGUGACCUGCUGGCGGUCGGAACCGCGCAGCGGUACGCUGGACGCCGGCCCAGACAAUGUGACGCUGACGCUGUCGCUCGGGAAAAAGUUUGAGCUGACGUACGUGAGCCUGAUGUUCUGUCCGCACGCACUCCGUCCCGACUCGAUGGCGAUCUACAAGAGUGCCGAUUACGGCAAGAAUUGGUUGCCGUUCCAGUUCUACAGCUCGCAGUGCCGGAAGCUGUACGGGCGGCCAACGAAGGCAACGAUUUCACCGAGUAACGAGCAGGAAGCGCGCUGCGUAGACCACAACCGAUACAGUGUGGAUGGGGUGCAGGGUUCGCGAAUUGCGUUCAGCACGCUGGAGGGCAGACCCUCCGCACCGGACUUUGACAAUUCCGUCAUCCUGCAGGAUUGGGUCACCGCCACCGAUAUUCGCGUCAUCUUCCAUCGGCUCCAGCCGACCAGUGGUGGUGGUGGUGGUGGCGGAUCUUCGCUCGCCAAGUCUCAAUCAACCGAGCUGCUCGGCGGUGGCAAGUUUGGCGGCGUGCCCAAGAAAGCGUCCGACUUUCUGAUGCACCCACGGGACACAGGCUCGCAGGGUGUUGGUUCCGGUGUGCUGACGUACGCACUGUCCGACUUUGCCGUUGGAGGGCGUUGCAAGUGCAACGGACACGCGUCCAGGUGUGUGAAGGGUGCGGACGAGAAGCUCGAGUGUGACUGCAAGCAUAACACCGCCGGACGGGACUGCGAACGGUGCAAGCCGUUCUACUUCGAUCGACCCUGGGGCCGCGGUACGAUGCGUGACGCGAACGAGUGCAAAGCCUGUCAGUGUAACGGCCAUGCCAGGAAGUGUCGCUUCAAUCUCGAGCUGUACAAGAUGUCGGGACGUGUAUCGGGUGGUGUAUGUACGGACUGCCGGCAUGAUACGGCCGGGCGCCACUGCCAUUACUGCCGCGAGGGCUUCUACAAGGAUCCAACCAAACCGAUCACACACAAGAAAACCUGCAAGCCGUGCGACUGCCAUCCGAUCGGGUCGUCCGGCAAGAGCUGCAACCACACGACGGGCCAGUGCACCUGCAAGGAAGGCGUAACGGGACUGAACUGCAACCGAUGUGCCCGCGGCUACCAGCAGAGCCGCUCGCAUAUCGCACCGUGCAUAAAAAUUCCACGCGUCAUUAACAUUAACCAUCAGGCUCAGAAUACGGCACCGGAAUCCUAUCAGUACGAUCCAGAUGCAAGCGAAAGCACCAAAGAAAACUGUGGCAAAUGCAAAUACGACACGAAGCGGCUUAACCUGAACAAAUUCUGCAAGCGCGAUUAUGCAAUCAUGGCGAAGGUGACAGGCCGUACGACCCCCGGAGGCAAACAUUCGCCCCGUGACGAGGUGCGCUUCAAUCUCCAGGUACAGUCGGUGUUCAAAUCGAACGGACCACUGCUACUGGCAAGCCAGCGCAAGUCUAGCAUUGCCCUACUGGUACCAUCCAAGAAUCUUGACUGCCGCUGUCCCAACAUCAAGAUUAAUAAGUCCUACCUGAUUCUCGGCAUGGACGCGAAAAGCAAUGGGGAAAAUUUGCUGCUCGGCCCAAAAACUAUCAUCAUCGAGUGGAAGGAUGAUUGGAAUAGGCGGCUGCGUCGGUAUCAGCAGCAGGCUGGCUCGUGCUAUUAGGCGGAUGCAGAGGAUCGAGAUGGCGU